AUGUAUUACUGCUCUGCUGUCUGGUCUAAUACAUCCCAAAGAAAUAUCGAGAAGCUUCAAGCGGUCCAGAACUUUGCUGCACGUAUUGUUACAGGAACAAGCCACAAUCACGUGACUCCUGUUCUGCAACAACUGGGCUCCAUUCCAGUUAAAUACAUGUUAAAAUUAAGAGAAGCCAUUUUUGCUUUCAAAUGCUUGAAGGGGUUGGCACCAUCGUAUUUGUGUGAGAAGUUCCAUGUCAGGUCAGAUGUUCAUGGCGUUAAUACAAGGCAAAAGAACAUUUUGGAUAUACCAAUGUACAGAUCAGCUGCGGGUCAACGAACAUUUCACUAUAGGGCUGUGUUCUUGUGGAAUUCUCUGUCUCAGUCUCUUAAAAACAUUGAUACUUUGACUCAUUUUAAAGUAGAAUACAAAC